CUAUGGAUGGGCCUCGAUCGUCUAUCGGCUGUAGUCGGUCACUCGGCUUGCUUCACACCGAAAGCUACAGUAGGCUAUGUUGAUUCUGGUGAUUUCCCGACCUCAUCGGGUUCGGUAAAACGACAUCCUCGGAGCCGGGUUCGGGAAAGGGGACUAGGUAUCCGGCUCGGAGAGUGGCCACCUUGCACGGUGCGAAAACGGGGUAUUUGCGCUGGGAAGAGGCGUGGGGCCUCGAUCGGCGGGGGCUGCACGGAGGGACAGGCGUACUGACCGAGUCGGACUGGAUGUGCUGGACUCGGCCCGGAGCGCUGCGGUUCCAGCAAAGCACCAUACCACUGCCCAAGACAGAAAGACGGAGACACGGACGUCGCUGUCUCCAUUCCGGACUAUAACACCAUUUAUUAUUGUUAUAACGGUUAUAUACUGUAGAGGAGAUCAGGUGAGCUCACUGACAGUCUAGACUGCAGCUGUCAAGCUAUUUCAGUCCGGACCGACUGGUUUUGGGAGAACGAACGGACCGACUGCUGGACUCAGCUUGGACAGGGUCCUGGAGAGUCCAGGGCGGGUUGUGGAGCUCGGAUCGCCCGCUGACGGCCUGCCAUCAUGGGCAACGUGCCCACGGCCAAGAAGGGGAGCGAGAUGGAGAGUGUGAAGGAGUUCCUGGCUAAAGCCAAAGAGGACUUUCUCAAGAAGUGGGAGAACCCUGAACAGAACACAGCGAGUCUGGAUCAGUUUGAGCGGUUGAAAACUCUGGGUACGGGUUCGUUUGGCCGCGUCAUGUUGGUCAAGCACAAAGAGACCGGGCAACACUUUGCCAUGAAGAUCCUCAACAAGCAGAAGGUUGUGAAGCUGAAACAGAUAGAACAUACUUUGAAUGAGAAGCGUAUUCUGACGGCUGUCAGCUUCCCUUUCCUGGUACAAGUAGAGUUCUCCUUCAAGGACAACACUAACCUGUACAUGGUGAUGGAGUAUGUACCAGGUGGAGAGAUGUUCUCUCAUCUACGACGAAUCGGCAGGUUCAGUGAGCCUCAUGCUCGGUUCUACGCGGCUCAGAUCGUUCUGACCUUUGAGUACCUGCACGCCCUGGACCUCAUCUACCGAGACCUGAAACCGGAGAACCUUCUCAUAGACCAGCAGGGCUACAUACAGGUGACAGAUUUUGGUUUUGCUAAGCGUGUGAAAGGUCGAACCUGGACACUGUGUGGAACCCCAGAGUACCUGGCCCCAGAGAUCAUCCUCAGCAAGGGGUAUAACAAGGCGGUAGACUGGUGGGCGUUGGGUGUGUUGAUCUAUGAGAUGGCAGCCGGUUAUCCUCCCUUCUUCGCUGACCAGCCCAUACAAAUUUAUGAAAAGAUCGUCUCUGGGAAGGUGCGUUUCCCCUCCCACUUCAGCUCUGACCUGAAGGAUCUGUUGAGGAAUCUACUACAGGUGGACCUGACCAAGCGCUAUGGCAACCUGAAGAACGGCGUCAACGACAUCAAGGGACACAAGUGGUUCGCCACCACUGAUUGGAUCGCCGUCUACCAGAGAAAGGUGGAGGCCCCGUUCGUUCCUAAGUUCAAAGGCCCAGGUGACACCAGCAACUUUGAGGAGUACGAAGAGGAGGAGAUCAGAGUCUCCAUCAGUGAACAGUGUGCCAAGGAGUUCACUGACUUCUAGACCCAACCAGAGAGAGAGGGAGAGAAGGAAGAAGAUAGAGAGGGAGAGGGAGAAGGAAGGAGAGACAGAUGGAGAAGGAAGGAAGGAAGGAAGGAAGGAAGGAAGGAAGG